UCAUGGGCUAAGAACCUCAUGACAAAUACAUCCUUUUUUGCCAGGUCCACUCCUUCUGCCUUAUCCUCUCCUUCAGACCAACCGAAACCUAAUCCUCUCUGCUUCGGACUUUCGUCCGCCCUUCUGUCUUCCUUGACGACGAUUUCUACCGCUUGCUGCCCCGUCCGUUCUGCCUGCAGAGGACAACAUGAACACUGAAAAUCACCAAUAUGUUGCUGAUGCUAAUGGAUUUGAUAGAGUUACCAAGUCUGAGGUCAAUAAGAAAAAUAUAAUGCCAGUAUCUUAUGCGGGCAAACUUCGCUACAUGACUGAAAACUUCCAUGAUGCUGUCGCUGUUUCACGUGUCCAUGGCUUACUUGAUAUAUUCACAGACUUCACGUAUGAUCCAAACUGGCCUGAGAUAGUUCAGGGUCUUGAGCAUGGACAACAAGCAGUCGAUGAGGCUGAUUUUACUGCUCAAGUGUAUCAACUGAAACUCCUUGAAUACGUGGAAAAAAUUAAGACCGGACAGGUGUUUGGGCCUGUAGUUACUGUCCUCCACUGCGUGGACUUCCAGAAGAGGACUCUGCCCCAUGCACAUAUCCUUGUUUGGCUGAAAAAGAUUAUGGGCAGGGAUCUGCGUCCAUUAAUGUUGACGAUGAUGCUCUUGCGAUUGCACAUGAUAAUGCCAUGGAGGCUGCACUUCGCUGCUUUGGAUCUAACAACUAAAGCCCUGUCCACAAAGACAAGUGAAAAUUGCUUUGCCAUUGCUGUUUUCACACGAUUGGCCAAGUGCCCAGAAUAGCCUGUUACUAUGUUUGUCGCAUGUUUCCAAACCAAGUGUUUGGCAACCCUCAAUCAUACAUUUCCUUAUUUAUGAUCUGAACUAGGCUAUUUUCAUGCUCUAUGGAUAUCGUUAUUAACCCUU